AUGAGUCGCCAAAGUGAGAGGCUCGAGAAGCUGAAGAAACUGCAGGCAGCACGCAAUGGUUUACAAUUGGCUAAUGACGAGCAGGACGAUAGGUUGUACGAUGAGAUUGACGAGCAUGAGUAUAGAAACAGGAAACGUCAGGAAUUACUUCACGAUGACUUUGUUGUCGACGAUGAUGGUUUGGGAUACGUGGAUCGCGGGGUAGAAGACGAGCAGGACAGCUACAACGAAGACGAGCAAUCGGAGGAGCUGGAUGAGAUGAUGGAUACGACAGGUAGGAAGGAAGUAAGAAAGAAACAGAAGGAAAAGAAAAAAAUAGAUAACUUGCUUCGUGUGCAGCAGAAAAAAGUGAGUUUAUCUGGACGAGUUGAGCAUUCAAAGAGCAAGAAUCUCACCAUCCAUGAGUUCGAUGAUAUCCUAGGUGACUUCGAAAACGAUGUAGUAGUCAAACUGAAACCUAGUAUGAGGAGCAAAUUGCCUUCUUCACCGACUAAAGUAACUCAUUCGCUGAAAAGAGGCGGCAGAGGCAUAACCGAUGAUGAUGAUAGCUCUAAGAAGAGGAGGAUAGAGAACGGCUCGAGCUUGAUCGAAGCCGUGGAACUGAAUUCAUCGCCAAUUAAAUCGCAUAUGAAUACAGGCAAUGAUCAAAUUAGUACGAAUGAUGUCGAAAAUUCGCCUACGGAACAGAGAUAUGCUGGACCCGCUAAGGCCUCACAGGACGAUAGUGAAGGCAAUGACGAUAGCGACGACGACAUAACGUUCGGUGGAAGAACACUGCGAAGUGUGGUAACUUCUCGGAAAAUGAAUAUCAGCUCAGUGUCGAACCCACCUACAUCGCCAUUUGUGACUGCUCCAAGUACGCCUGCUGUCGCUCGAACAAAUUUGGUAAGAUCUGCACUACAUUCUUCACCAGAGCCUUUGACAUUUGGCAAAAGCAAAUGUACCAAAGAGCAAGUUGUUGAUGCUGAUACAGAUACCUUCCGAAUGUUUUGGCUCGAUUAUUGUCAAGUGGAUAAUUCCCUGGUCCUUUUUGGUAAAAUUAAAACCAAAGAAAACUCUUACGUCUCCGGCAUGGUUCAAAUAAGAAAUAUAUGCAGAGAGCUGUAUUUUUUGCCUCGAGAAGGAAAGACUCCGCAGGAUAUCCAUGAGGAAAUUGUGCCACUGCUUCUAGAGCGAUACGGUUUAGAUAAUAUUCGCACCAAACCAGAGAAGAUGAAAUACUGCUUCGAACUCCCGGAAAUUCCACGCGAGUCCGAGUAUCUGAAGGUCUUAUUGCCCUUCAACACCCCGAAAUCUAAGAACGAACAAAUUCCCGCCGAUUUAUCAAGUGACAAUUUCUGCCAUGUUUUUGGCGGCAAUUCGAACAUUUUUGAAUGUUUUGCUGUGCAGAAUAAAAUCAUGGGUCCUUGUUGGCUUGAAUUGAAGAGCGGAGACUUCUCCGCCCUCCAAAAUGCUUCAAACUGUGCCCUAGAAGUAGUGGUUAGCAAACCACAACACGUUAAACCUCUGGAUUUGAAAGAAUUGCCUGGACUUGAUGCUAUAUCUUUAGCGAUGCAGACCGUCAUGAACGUGAAAGAGAACAGACAGGAAAUUGUGGCAAUAACAGUCUCUACAUAUAAAAACUUACCCCUAGAAUCCCCAAUUCCAGAGAAUCUGAAGCCGGAUGAGAUUACUACCUUAGUCAGGCCACCACGAGGAUCCAGUUUUCCGGUUGGACUACCUCAUCUAACAAAGCAGAAGCUAAAAGGACAAGUUCGUCAAUUCAACAACGAGAAGACCUUACUUUCGUGUUUUUGUGCAAUGCUUAAGCUCUCCGAUCCUGACGUCAUCAUUGGACACCGUCUAGAAAGCAUCUAUUUAGACGUUUUAGCACACAGGUUACAUGACCUUGGAAUACCAACUUUCAACGCCAUCGGUCGUCGAGUCAGGAAGCAAUGGCCCGAACGAUUUGGCAAAAAUAAUGCUACCAUGAAUCGGUUCUUUGUGCAGGAACUGAUGGCGGGUAGGCUAGUUUGUGAUAUUGCGAAUGAUAUGGGUCAAUCUCUGACUCCCAAAUGUCAGAACUGGGAACUGGCAGAGAUGUACCAAGUUACUUGCGGAAUAGAUCGCAAACCGUUGGACAUUAACUAUCAACAUCCUCAGUACCAGGAUGAUGCUAGUAGCAUGACGAUGGCGCUAAAUGAGAAUAUAGAGAACUGCCUAAUUGCCGCCGAGGUCUCCUUCAGAAUCCAAUUGCUAUCCCUGACAAAGCAAUUGACAAAUUUAGCUGGUAACGCCUGGUCUCAAACUCUUGGUGGUACCAGAGCAGGCAGAAACGAGUACAUUCUACUACAUGAGUUUGCUAGAAAUGGAUUCAUUGUUCCGGAUAAGGGAAGUAAUAAGGUGAAGAAGACUUCAAGAUUAAAAGAGCUGGAUGAUGAUUCACAAUCGUCCAACCCUGUCAUUUCGGCGAGGAAAGCAAACUUUCAAGGUGGUCUUGUUUUUGAGCCAGAAAGGGGUCUACACAAGAACUAUGUGCUAGUCAUGGAUUUCAACUCCUUGUAUCCGUCUAUCAUACAGGAGUUUAACAUAUGUUUCACAACUGUAGAACGAAACCUCGAUGAUGCAGAUGAACUACCAGACGUUCCGGCCGAGACAGAGCACCAGGGUGUUUUGCCACGCCUUCUUGCCAACUUGGUUCAACGACGUCGAGAAGUCAAGCGAGUCAUGGCUACUGAGUCUGAUCCACACAAACGUGCGCAAUGUGACAUCAGACAGCAGGCGCUAAAAUUGACUGCAAAUUCCAUGUAUGGUUGUUUGGGUUAUGUGAAUAGUAGGUUUUAUGCCAAGCCAUUAGCCAUGCUCGUCACCAAUAAAGGUAGAGAAAUUCUGAUGAAUACUAGACAGCUUGCGGAGAGCAUUGGUCUCCUGGUUGUAUACGGUGAUACCGAUUCCGUCAUGAUUGAUAGCGGCUGUGAUAAUUACGCACAAGCGCUCAAGAUAGGUAAUGAUUUCAAGAAGUUGAUCAAUGAGCGAUACAAACUACUGGAGAUCGAUAUUGAUAACGUUUUCAAGAAGCUGUUACUUCAAGCUAAGAAGAAAUAUGCUGCUCUAAAUGCUAGGAUUGAUAAGGAUGGAAACGAGCAUACUAUGCUUGAGGUAAAGGGCCUUGAUAUGCGGCGUCGUGAAUAUUGUCCGUUGUCGAGAGACGUGUCUGUGCACGUUUUGAAUACCAUCUUCUCCGAUAAAGAUCCGGAGUCGGCGCUUCAAGACAUUUAUGAAUACUUGGAGGAGAUUACUAGGAAAGUGCAACAAAACCAGAUAAGGACCGAUUUGUUUAAAAUCAAUACCAAGCUUUCGAAAGACCCGAGCGCUUAUCCCGCAGGCAAGAGCUCACCGGCCGUUCAGGUUGCGCUACGAAUGAGAAAGAACGGGCGUGUUGUCAAGGCAGGCACUGUCAUCACGUUUGUCAUAACGAAACAAAAGCCGGAAGAGAUCUCAUCUGGGGAACCUUCGCUUUCUGCAGCCGCGAGGGCUCGAGCUCUUAACGAGGUUAUGAUAAAAGCAAACAAUCUGGAACCCGAUCCUGAGUACUACUUGGAAAAGCAGAUCUUCGGCCCUGUCCAAAGGCUCUUGGAGACAAUUGAAAGUUUUGAUCUCGUUCGUUUGAGCACCGCCCUGGGGCUGGACAGUAGAAAAUAUAUGACGAGGGAGUCCAACAAUAAUGGAAAUGGUAUUAACGGGCUGGAACCAUUGGAAAGCACCAUUUCAGAUACCGAAAGAUUCAAAGAUGUCGCAAAUUUCCGGCUCAGCUGCCCCAAUUGCAGUUGUUCAUUUGACUUCGGAGGUAUAAUCGCUUCAAGCGACUACACCGUAUGCCCAAACGGUCUACAAUGCAGAAAAUGCGACCAUCUUUUCACGCCGCUUCAGAUCAGCUGUCAGCUAGAAAGAUGCAUCAGAUCUCACAUAUCACUGUACUAUGCUGGAUGGAUACAAUGCGAUGAUCCAACUUGCGGAGACGCGACGAGACAGGUUUCCGUCUUCGGAAAACUGUGUCUCAAUAAUGGUUGCACUGGCGUGCGGUACAAGUAUUCCGAUAAAAUGCUCUACAACCAAUUGCUUUACUUCGAUUCCCUAUUCGAUUGUGAGAAGAACAAGAAGCUUGAGUUGAAACCUCUCCGUCACAUUGACGACGCACAUUCCUCUCCCGAGAAGCUGAGUGAGGCAUCGAUCAAGGUCCUCACCGAGCAAAACAGACGACUCCUGGAGAUCAAUCGCUCGGUCGUCCAGAAAUAUUUAAGUGAUUGCGGUCGACGGUACGUUGACAUGGGCCGCAUUUUCGACUUCAUGCAGUAG